UAGCCUCUGAUAGAGGACCGCAAAAAUAAUAUUUAGUCGUAUAGCAAGAAAAAUUUUAAGUUGCGCAUGCGCAAGUAUCAUAGCAACGACGUUGCUUAUCCAAAAUGGACGGCGGAGAGGAACAACAGCCUGCUGAGUCUAAUAAUCCAGAGACUCAGGAAGGCACAGAGCAGCAAAACACAGAGCCAACUCAACAAACUACAGAAAACCAGCCUGAAAAUGAACAGCCAACAGAGCAACAAGCUAGUGAAGAGGAUACAACUCAACAAGAAGAUAGUUCUGUAAAACAAGAGGAAGAGAAAAAAGAAGAUACUGAUAAGCAAGAAGAUGUGACUGAACAGAAGCCAGCUGAAAGUACAGGCCAAGAACAAGCAGAUGCUGGUGAACAAAAACCUUCAGAGAGUGAAGAGCAGAAACCAGCCGAUGCUUCUGGAACUGAAGAACAGAAACAAGAGGAAUCAACUGAACAAAAGCCUGCCGAGACAUCUCAACAAGUAGAGAAACCUCCUGAGACUGAGGCCACUGCUGCUGAAGGUCAAGAGCAAGAGAAAGCAGAAGUUGAAGGUAAAGAUAAAACUGAUGGUGCUCAAAAACCUGAUGAGGGCGAACAACAACAGGCUGAGGGUGAACAACAACAGGCUGAGGGUGAACAACAAAAGGCUGAGGGUGAACAACAAAAGACCGAGGGUGAACAACAACAGGCUGAUGGUGAACAACAACAGGCCACAGAGGGUAAGGAGGAGACCGAUGGAGCUCAAAAACCAGAAGAAGGUGGAGAACAGAAGCCAGCAGAGGGUCAAGAGGUCACAGAGGGUGGUCAAAAACCUGAAGAGGCUGCUAAACAGAAAGUAGAGGGUCAACAAGAAGAACAGAAAGAGGCCAAGGAAGAAUCUACCGAACAAAAACCUGCAGAAACCACCCAACAAGCAGAAGAGGGAGGUGAAGGUGAAGAAGGGGACGAGGAACAAGAGAAGAAAGAAGAAGAGCCCAAAAUACCUGAUGAUUUUUACUAUGAAUAUGAAAACUUUGCAUCACGACCAACCAUCACAGCAGAGUCUGGUUUACCAGAAGACUUGUUGACUUUACAACAUUCAUUUGGUUAUGAUUGUACAAAGCGAGGAAAUCUUCAUUUAUUGAAUGAGAAAACUGUGGUCUUUGCCGCAGGUAAUCUUGUCCAGAUUGUUGAUUUACUGACAAAGGAACAGACGUUUAUCCGUAGUACAAGUGGAGGGGGUAUUGGUGCAAUUACAGUUCAUCCAAGCAAGAAUUUCUUCGCUGUGGCUGAGAAAGGACAAGGUCCAAACAUCAAUAUUUUUGAGUGGCCCAGUCUAAAACUAUACAGGGUUUUGAGAGGUGGAACAGAAAGAUCUUACUCUUUCAUUGAUUUCAAUCCUGAUGGUACCCUACUUGCAACACAAGGUGGUGAUCCUGACUUUAUGUUGACAGUAUGGGACUGGAAACAGGAGAAGACAGUAUUGAGAUCAAAGGCUUUUUCCCAAGAUGUUUUUCGAGCAACUUUCUCAACAGAACUGGACGGGCAGCUGACUACAUCAGGAACUGUUCAUAUUAAGUUCUGGAAGAUGGCGGACACCUUCACUGGUCUUAAGUUACAAGGAGAACUUGGUAAAUUUGGUCGUACAGAGAUCACAGAUAUCGAGGGUUAUGUAGAACUGCCUGAUGGCAAGGUAUUGUCUGGAUCUGAGUGGGGAAAUAUGUUACUGUGGGAAGGAGGCCUUAUUAAAGUUGAGAUAAGGAUGAAGAACAAGAAAUCGUGCCAUACUGGAGCUAUACAGCAGAUACUCCUAGAUGAGGGAGAAUUGAUGUCCGUAGGAAUAGAUGGUUACAUCAGGGUGUGGGAUUUUGAAGCAAUAGACACUGCUGAUACAACAGAUGAGACAGGAAUGUUUGAACUAGAUCCCAUGAAUGAGCUCAAGGUCGGCAAUGAUGUGCAGCUUAAAAGCAUCAUCAAAUCUGUGGACUCGGAAAAUGAGCCAACUAUAUGGUAUGCUCAGGAUGCAAAUGGAGGUAUAUGGAAACUUGACUUAUCAUUCUCUCACACAUCAAUGGCUCCGGAGAAAAUGUUCACAUAUCAUGCUGGAACAAUCAAUGCCUGUGAUGUGUCACCUGUAUCACAGCUGGUUGCCACCACUGGAGCUGAUCAUACUGUACGUGUAUUUGACUAUGUACAGCAGAAGCAGAUCUGUGAUACCAGAUUCGCUGCAGGUGGAACAUCACUUGUGUGGAUUCCAAAUAUUAUUGAUCCAAAGGGUGGUUCUGUAAUUGUUGGUUUUGAGGAUGGUGUUGUGAGAGCUUUGGCAAUAGGAAAGAUCGACGAGGAGUCGACACGUAGAAAGAAGCAUCAUGAAUUGAGUAUGGAACUUCUACAAGCAUUCAAACCUCAUAGCAAAGCUGUUACAUCUAUUGCUAUGGCGCUCGCGGAGAAGUUCUUUGCUUCUGGGAGCAGUGAUGGUACAGUUUUCUUCAUGAAUAUUGGCAAGACUUAUGAGCCUAUUGGUUUCACCAAGGUUGCUGGACCUGUCACAAAAGUGCAAUGGUCUCCUGACAAAUUUAACAAGGGUAAAAGUGCUUGUAAUUUUUUGAAAAGGGGGUGGGUAAAAAGGAGAAAAGUGGGCCCGAUGGAAAGGGGAAAUUUGAUAAAAGCUCAUUCCUUUGAGAUUAAAGGACUUAAGUCAAGGAUAUUCAAGUUUCAAAGUAUCAAGUCAAGACUUAGGAAACUUGAUGAAACAAAUUUACCAGAUGAUAUUGAAGAUCCAAAGGCUUACAGUAUUGAGGAGGCGAAACAGAAAGCAGAACAUGAUAAGAUGAUGAAGGAGGCAGAGGAGAAGAAACGUGAAGUACGACGACAUGUCGCCAAGAUGAGACGUAUGUUUAAACAAUUACUGGAACAGAACGACUCACUGCCCAAACAUCUUAGACUACAUAAAGAUGAGUUUGAGAUGGACAGAGAAAUAAAGCUGGAGUUAGAACGUCACAAGACUGAGAAAAUUGAUGUUGUGAGGAAAGAACUGGCUUGGGAGUCUGAAAAACAAAGAAUAGCCCUCGAGAAAUUGAGGAAAAGGUUUAAGGAUGUAGUGGAAUGUGAUAGAAUAGUUGUCAAGGCUUUUGAAUCGGCACAUGAAGUUGCAAGUUUCCGAGCAUCAAAGCUCUCUGAUGAUUUCUACAUUAAAAAAGCUGAGUUUGAGAGAAAGAGGACACAGUUAACCAAAGAUGAUAUAACCAGGGAUCCAACAAGAGACCUUCUUACAGGUGCUACUCGUAUAACAGACAGCACUGGUCAGAUAGGGGAGAAAGCCGAGGAUCAGACAGGGGCCAAGGUCAUCACCACACUGAAAGGUAGCAUGGGGGAGAGAAUUACUAAAGCUCUUUAUAAAGUUGAAGAAAAGAAAAAGAAAAGAGCAGAGAGAAAAGCUCAGUGGGCAGAGUUAUAUGAGACAAAACCAGAUGAUGAUUAUGAGGACCCAGCUGAUAUAUCUGCCAUUAAAGAGGCUAAAGACAACAUGGGAGACUAUAAACUAAAGACGGCCAAUGACUAUGUUGUUCCUGACCAUCUUAGAAUGAAUGUUGAUAAAGCCAGGGGCAGGCUUCUGGUGCUCAAAGAUUUGAUACAUGAGAAUAAAUACGAGUUCAACCAGAGAUUGUUGGCCAUGCGUGACAAGAAGAUACAAACUAUUGAAGAGAUAAAGGACCUCAUAACAGAGCUUGAACUUGUUCAUUCCAAGAUGGAAGCUUCCCUGAUCAAACCUGUACCACCAGUGCCUGUAAUGCACCCUGACGAGAUGCCUGAAAAGAAGCUAGAAUAUACCCGCGAGACACUGGUUGCAUUUAAGAAGGAGAUGGCAGAGAAAGCUUCAUCAAAGAAAGGUAACCAGGAGUCUGGAGGUUUCGGGGGAUUCGGUGGCUUCGGUGGGGGUGCUGCACCGGACAAGAAAAGUGAAUUACGAAGCAGCUCACCAACAAUGACACACAAGCAAUCAACCACGGUGAGUACAGCAAGAGCUGUAGAUGACACUGACGCAAAUAUGGAAGGAGAAGAGGAAGAGUUGUCUCCCCUAGAAGCACAGAUGAAACAAGCUGAAGUUAUCCGAUUGACAUAUGAACAGGAUAGAUUGCUCAAUCGUAUUAAUGAGCUUCUGAAGAACUUUGAUGCUGAACUACGUCUUCUUCGUCAUGAUAAAUUUAGAUUAGACAUUACAAUGAAAAAUGCUGACCUCAGACAAGUGACAUUGUUUGAAGAGUUGGUGUUACUGAAGGAGUAUGAGAAGAGAGAAGAUGUUCUGGCGGAGAAAGUUACCAAUAAACAACAAGAGAAACUCGAUAUGCAGGCUAAGAUUGUUGAUGUAACAUCUAAACUUGAAGUAAAGAAAAAGGAUAUAGAAAAGUUACAGGAGAGAGAAAAAGCUCUACAUGCUCAGUUUGUAGCAUCUCUUGGUGAAAACAACAAGUUUGGUGACUAUCUUACCAAAGUAUUCAAGAAAAGGAUAAAGAGGUCAAAAAAGAAGGCUACUGAAGGAGAUGAUGAUGAUGAAGAUAGUGAUGAAGAUUCAGAUGAUGAUUCUGACUGGGAUGAAGAUGAGGAUGAUGAUGAAUCUGAGACUGGAGGUUAUGACCUUGACAUUUGUCCACCAGGAUGUGAUCAGAAUCUGUAUGAAGCCACCUGUCAGUUACGUGAGAAGAGAUUGGACAUUGAAGAAGCUCUAGUUGAAGAGAAGAAAACAAAUGAUACCCUAAAGAAGGAACUUGAUAGUUUCCAUAAAAAGUCCAAGGUCAUUGACAAUGGAUUGAAAACUGCUCAACAAGAUCUUGAGGCAUUCCAGCUUGAGAAACAGCAGAAGUUGAACGAGCUUGAUGUUGUUGUAUCACUCAAGUUACAUCAAAUACAGUACAUGAUAAACGGUAUCCUACCACAGGACCUCGGCCAGACUCUUGUGUUCGAAUCUAACGGUGUCACUAGACUACAACUUAGGAUAAAGGAAUUAGAACAUGAAAAACAUUCACAGAAAAAAUAUAUGAGAGAAUCUAAGAAGAAACAUGUACAGUUGAUAAAAGAUCGUAAAAUAUUUGAAGCUAAGAUGACUGAGAUGGAGACAGACUGUGAGGAGAUGAUGGUCAGUAAGUUUGGCUGUGUUGUCGACAUCGAGAAACUCGAGACCGUCACUGUUAACAGAAACAUUGAAGAGCUCAAAGAAAAACUACGAAUGACGGAAAUCCAAUGUGCUGAAGAAGUAACGGAAUGGAAUGAAUUGAUAUCUGAGAAGAAGAACCAGAUUACAGAUUUAAUACGAGAAAAUACAAAACGACUAAAUCAACUUUCAAAUUUAUUGAACAACAAACAUGGCUCGGAAGGGGCACUCGACUCAAGACAGAAAAAUCUGGGUGAGGAGUACUCGGGUGCCCGCAAAGCUGAUGUGCGUGAGAAACAGCGCUUGAUUCAGCUUGUACAACUUCAAGCACAAGAAAUUGACGCCCUCAAGGAGGAGAUUAUGUUGCUAUCCCGUAAAGGCGGGCACAUCCUGCCACCCGCCCAACCCCCUCUUCCACAGAGCCCAAAUAUGAGAACACUUAGUAAUUAAAUUGUGAUAGAGUGUGACAGUUUGGAUGAUGUUUUAGUCAUUAAAGUAAAGAAAGAAGAAAAAAAAAAAAACAGAAUUAUUUUCUAUGCGUUGUUAAAACAAAUUUUAUACAAUUAUCAUGUGACCAGAAAUUUAAUUUAAUAUGUUUAAUUUGAAAAACAUUUGUUGACUUACAAAUAUUACAGUAUUUCUUUGGAAGUUUGUGAAGAUAUAGAGAAACAAAUGAAUAGAAUGCGUUGUAAAAAGUUUUGUAGAACUAAAAUUUAGAUGUAUGUUAUUGAACAGUUAUUGAUCAACAGUCAUAAAUUAAAAAGUACAACCUUAUUUCAUGUCCCAUUACAAAAUAACUAUUUUUGUUAUCAACGUAAUUAUUCAGUCUUUUCAAGAAUUCUUUAUGGAAAUAUUAUGUUACUGUACUUUAUGUCUUAAAUUGUCUUUAUGUCUUGAAAAAACUUUUAUUGUCACAAAUCCGUCCAAAUCUUUCUUUUGUUGCUGAGGAAAUACAUGGAGAGAAGUGUCAACAUAUCAUGUCUGAAGUCAAUGUUGAUUUUCUUCAUUUUCUUACAGUUUAUUUGAAUGUCUGUGAUAUCUAUGUACAAGUAUUGUUUGAAUAUUGUCAAACGAAUUAUUUUAUAUUGUGAUAAUAAAUAAAACUAUUUGCUGUCGAGUAACUAUAUUUAUUAUUAUUAAAAUUGAAAACUUUGAA